CGGCUUAUACUCAUCCGACGAUUUUGUGCACUUGUUACAGCCGGAUAUUACACGAUAGAGCAACGCUCGGAAAAGUAUCGAAUCAUUUUCCUCAACACGAAUUUGUGGUUGAACACCGCCGACAAUCGCAUGCUCCAUCGUUUCGCUGGCAGCAUGAUCGACAACGCGCACGAUCCGUUCGAGCAGUGGUCCUGGUUUCAGAAGACUCUCGAGACCGCGAGGAGGAAGAAAGAGACGGUUUACAUCGUAGGCCACACGCCACCGGGGAUAGACGAUCGUCAGAGCGGUGCGGCGGUGUUGAGCGAACAUCACAAUACCAAAUAUCUCCAGGUGAUCCGCUUGUACUCGGACAUCAUUCGCGGUCAGUUCUUCGGUCACUGGCACACGGACACUUUUCGCGUGGUUUAUAGCGAUACCGGUCUGCCAGUAUCGUGGAUAAUGAUGGCGCCGAGUAUAUCGCCGAGCACGCCAGGAGGCCCCAACAAUCCAGGUUUAAGAUUGUACAAAUUCGAGACGACCACCGGUCAGGUGCUGGAUUAUACGCAGUACUAUCUUAAUCUGCCGGACGCGAAUUCAAUCGGGACGGCAAACUGGUUGCCCGAGUACUCUCUGCUCGAGUACUACGAACUUCAGGAAAUUACGGCGAUCGCUCUUCACGACCUGGCCGACCGGUUCACGCAACUCAAUGAUUAUGCUUUCGUCAGAUACUACGCGGCCAACACGGUCUCGUUGCCGCGGGAAGUGGAGCAGAUUUGGGGCUGCGGAGGACCGCUGAACGUAGUUUGCGCCCUUCAUCAUUACUGCACGGUCACCCGGCUGAAUCCGGAAUCCUACAAGGAAUGCUACUCGUCGUACGCGUUAACGUUCGCAUCCACCGGACCAUCCACGCCGCGUCUCUACUUCUCGCUGCACCUGCUCGUCCUGCUGGUCUGCGCGGAGUUGCUGAGGUAUCGGUAGGUUGCGAUCCGUAUCCCACCAUCCGGCGAAAGAUCACUGCCACUGCGACGUUACGCAACUGCCCGGAACGCAGCUCCCUGCUCUUCCUCGCGCUUCGUCGUUGUCGUCGUUGUCGCGCGAACGAUCGACCGACCCCGGACGACUGCCAGAGCGCGUCGGCGUUCUCUCCUCGUCGUCCCGUCGUGGCGACGACGUUCGUUCGCAACGAGCAGCCGGGGAAUAGAGAAGGGAAGGGAGCGAUAUACGAUAUGUACCGCAGCGAGCGAUUCACUUUGUCUCUGUGUCUGCCUCGGUGUCUGUCUCUUUGUCCGCGUCUUCUCUCUGUCGUGUCACGCGUACACCGGUUUGGGGACGUUCACCAGGAAAAUGGGACUUGCCGGCGUCACGCCGAUCUCGCGUCACACGUACCGCGGGGGAUUCCGCUCGGUGGCAAGCCGGAAGCCAGCGUUCACCCCCGUGCUCGACUACUAUGUGUGUGUACACACCGGAUCGAGCCGAGAGCUUCGAUAAUCGCCUGGUAGCAGUAACGAAUCGUGUGUGUCGUUUGAUCACUCGGUCUCACUCGAGAUUUCACGGAUCUCCGGCUUGAUUUGCUCAGUUGGCGGUGGUUGGAGGUGGUUCUCGAUCUGUAUCGCGAAACGAGAGAGGGAGACGAUCGACAGGGUAACCCUGAAACGUAAACACUCGGCUCCAACCAA